AACAUGGCUUUGUGGCUGUAUACUUCCAUCUUACAUCAAACUGACAUUCCAUAUAUCUGCGUGUUCAAUAAAAAUGUUGGGAUCUAGCAGGACUGUGACGUUCGACCCGGCCACCUCGAAGUACUCGGUUGUGUUCGCAGGGAAAACGAUCGAAACGGUUGUGACCGACAAGGCUUCUGUGAUUGAUUCAUGGGUUAUGGAGAUACAAUCCAUUUAUGCAGGAAAACCCAUGGUGGUCGGUUUAGAUGUCGAGUGGAGGCCUCACAUCAUCCGAUCUAUGAGCAACAAAUCCGCAACCCUCCAGCUCUGUAUCGACUGCAAGUGCCUUAUUGUCCAGCUCUUCUACGUGGAUUACAUCCCCGUUUCGCUCAAGAACUUCUUGAUGGAUCCGAACUUUACUUUCGUGGGCGUUGAGGUUGGCGAUGAUAUUGCAAAGCUGAGGAACGAGUACGGCCUCAUUUGUAGAAAGCAUGCAGAUGUUCGGGAGGCGGCGAAGAAUAAGUGGCCCGGAAGGUUUAGGAGGCCCGGGCUGAAGGAUCUAGCGGUAGAAGUGGCGGGCUUGCACAUGAAGAAGCCCAGGCACGUCGUCAUGAGUAACUGGGAGGCUCGGAAUCUGAGCGAGAGUCAAGUCGAGUAUGCUUGUGUCGAUGCCUAUGCCUCUUACAAGAUCGGCCAUAAGCUCCUCAUAGAGAACUAAUUAUGAUAAGUUCCCGAUAUGUUAUGCGCGAUGCUAUGAAGUGCUAUGCUAUUCGAUAAUACCGAUGAUAUGAAUUCUGAUCUAUUAAAAAAUCUGCUACUGUUGAUUUAAUUU